AUGAAAAGGGUGGACAGACCUCGACCACUACUGAAUCAAGUCGGGCUUGAUCAAUCACGAUAUUGCGCGUUCCAUGAUGGCCCUGGUCACACAACCGAGGAGUGUUGGGAUCUCAGAGACGCAAUUGAAAGAUAUAUCAGGGAGGGAAAGUUGCGUCAGUUUCUCAUACGAACUCAAGGAUGGAAGAACAAUAAGAAGAGAAAAGGAGGACGACCGAUGAGCCCGAACCGAGAGAAGAAGUUCAAGGAUGAAGGCCGAGGUAAGAAGCCGGCCAAAGAAGAUGACGAAUUCGUAGAGCCCGAGUUCGAAUGCAAUGUUAUUAGUGGAGGAUUCGGUGGAGGAGGUGAUACCAUGAAUGCCAGAAGAAAAUACUUAAGAGAGGUGCUUUCAAUUCGAGAGCGGCCUAAGUUUAAAGUAGAGGAAUCAGAAGCACCACGAUUGUUCUUUACAAAAGCAGAAUUGGAAGAUGUCAUGCCGGGGCACGUUGACGGGCUAGUCAUCACCGGGACACUAGUCAACUGUAAAGUCAAGAAAAUGUUUGUGGAUAACGGCAGAUGUGCCGACAUAAUUCUGUGGCAGGCAUUCCAGAAAAUGAACUGGAUGUGGAGGAUCUGA